CCGUAGGGGUUUUAUCAUGCGCUCCUCUGUUUACUUUUUGCUUAGAGAGAAGUCAUGUGCAGUAUUUAUUAGCUUCUACAGCUAGAUUGGUAGUUCUUAAUUGAAACAUUAAGUAAGUCUUGCAGUCUCCUAGGCGCUCAUAUGCGGUCCCUGAGCUAUGUUCAGCGUGUCAGCUUGGAUUUCACGGGGACCCUGUUCCCUCACGCAAUAUGCCUCGGAGAUGCCGAUAACGACUCGCUUAAUGAACUCGUCGUAGGUGACACUAGUGGAAAACUGCUCGUGUACAAGAAUGAUGAAUCCAAACCCUGGAUCACCAGAACGUGCGCGGGCAUGCUCACAUGCGUUGCAGUUGGAGAUGUCUGUAACAAAGGAAAGAACUUUGUAGUGGCUGUUGGAGCAGAAGGUUGGUUCAACCUGUUUGACCUGACAGGGAUUGGGUCAGGCAAGGCAGAAUCUUCCAGCCAGCAUGAAACUCUAUUCUCUGAAGACCAAAAGCCCAGUUUUACCCAGCACAUUCCUGCCAACACCAAAGUCAUUCUUAUUAGUGACAUUGAUGGUGAUGGACUGAAUGAGCUGGUAGUGGGCUACACAGAUCGUGUGGUGAGAGCAUUCCGUUGGGAGGAACCCUCUGAUUCCUCUGACCCCAGCACUGGACAGCUGGUCUUGCUCAAGAAGUGGCUCCUAGAGGGACAGGUGGACAGCCUGUCAGUCAACCCAGGCCCUGGGGGAUCACCAGAGCUGAUGGUGUCCCAGCCCGGCUGUGGCUACGCUAUUCUGCUCUGCUCCUGGACACAGCAGGCCUCUUCUGGCUCUGGAGACGAUGCCCCAGCCACACCAGCAUGUGAAGGCCCCUCUAGAGAUGUAAUUCUACAUCUAACCACUGGGCGGAUCCACAACAAGAACGUCUCCACUCAUCUUAUUGGUAGCAUCAGUCGAGGUUCCAAAGGUGACUCAUCAAAAUUUGGCCUUUUUGCUCUCUGCACACUGGAUGGUACCCUGAAGUUGAUGGACAGCUCAGAGCAGUUGAUGUGGUCAGUGCAAGUAGAUCACCAACUCUUUGCCCUUCAGAAGCUGGAUGUGACUGGCGACGGCAGUGAAGAGGUGGUUGCCUGCGCUUGGGACGGUCAAACUUACAUCAUUGACCAAAAUCGCACGGUCGUCCGCUUCCAGUUUGAUGAGAAUGUGAACGCAUUCUGUGCAGGCCAGUACACCUGCAAGGAUGGAAAGAACAGCCCAUGCCUGGUCUAUGUGAGCUUCAACCACAAGAUCUUUGUUUACUGGAGGGUGGAGCUGGAGCGCAUGGAACCCACCAACCUGCUCCGCGUUCUGGAGGAGCGAUCAGAGUUCAAGGCCCGGCUAGAGCAGCUGGGAGUGGACCCCGAGGACACCACAGCCGUGAGGGAGCUGGUUGGAGGUCUCCUCUAUGGAGAUGCACAGAAGAAGACCUCUUCUGAAUAACCAAUAGUACAAUUACUGAUAUACUGUCAUUUGUAAAUACUAUGUUAAUAAAGGCUGAAAUACACCCUC